CAUUAAAAUCAGCCCGUACUGCACGGUCCCUACCCUACGCUCUCUUUUUGAAGAAAUAAUCCCACACUCAACGACACACCAUGGACCACACCUGGAUCAGCCGCAACGUCUUCGACCAGCUGCCGCCCUGCGCCAUCGUCGCCGGACACGACUCGGACAAUGAUCCCAUCUAUGUGGGCCGUGCCUACCACAACGGAGACAUGCUGCCGGCCAAGGUUAUUCCCAACAAGAACCAGGCCUAUGUGGCCUGGGGCGGCGAGGAGAUCAACAAGCACGACGUAGAGAUCCUCACCGGCGACCACUACGUCUGGAUCCCGGCCAGCGGCGGACACGUUCCUCCCCAUGCCCUUCGCGUGGGUCAGACCUCCGACGGAGAGCCUCUGUUCAUUGGCCGCGGCUACUUCCAGGGCAGCCUGACGCCCGGCAAGGUGCAUCCCUCGCACCACUGCCUGUACAUCCCCUUCGGCGGAAAGGAGCACAGCCUAGAGGCGUACGAAGUGCUGGUCCAGCCGGAGACAUGGAUCUCUUCCUCCGGUGGCCAUAUCGUGCCCGGAACAGUCCAGGGCGGACACGACACCGAUGGCGAUCAGAUCUUUGUGGGCCGCGCCUACCACGAAGGUGAUUUGCUGCCAGCCAAGGUGGUUCCCAACAAGGGCUGCGCCUACGUGGCAUACGGCGGCUCCGAGCACGUCAAGCACGACUUUGAGCUGCUGGCCGGAUACGGCUAUGGCUGGGUUCCUGACAGCUUUGGCAAUGUGCCACCAAAUUCCAUCGUCUGUGGCCGCACCACGGAGGGCGAGAACCUGUACAUUGGCCGCGGCUACCACAGCGGCAGCCUGACUCCCGGCAAGGUCCAUCCGUCCCACAGAUGCCUAUACAUCCCCUUCGGUGGCGAGGAGGUGCGCCUAGAUGCCUAUGAGGUCCUCGUCAGGGGCUAAACGGUGUUUUCUUUAAUUUGGUAUUUCGUCAGCAACAAUAUUUAUAUUCCAUCAGUCACAAAAUAAACUUUGAUUCAUUGAAAACUCAAGCCAA